AUGUAUAUCAAGCAGAUAACCAUCCAGGGCUUCAAAAGCUACAAAAAUCAGACAGUUGUCAACCCCUUCUCCCCGAAACUCAACGUCGUCGUCGGCCGCAAUGGCUCAGGCAAGAGCAACUUUUUCGCCGCCAUCCGGUUCGUUCUUAGCGAUGCAUAUUCACACACGGGACGCGAAGAGCGACAAGCCCUUGUCCACGAAGGGUCCGGUUCCGCGGUCAUGUCUGCCUACGUGGAGAUAGUGUUUGAUAACACGGAUGGGCGAUUCCCAACCGGAAACGACGAGCUCAUCCUGCGCCGUACAAUUGGCCUCAAAAAAGAUGAAUAUUCCCUCGACCGCAAGAAUGCGAGCAAACACGAUGUCAUGCAGCUCCUUGAGAACGCGGGAUUCUCGCGCGCAAACCCAUACUAUAUCGUCCCUCAAGGUCGCAUCACUAGACUGACAAACAUGAAAGACUCCGAGCGGCUGGAGGUCCUGAAAAGCGUCGCAGGGACACACCAAUUCGUCGCCAAAAAGGAGGAGUCCCAGAAGAUCAUGAGUGACACCAACAAUAAACUCGCCGCCAUUGAUCAAACUUUUGAGCAGAUCGAAGAACGUCUCCGGGAACUCGAAGAGGAGCAAGCAGAGCUCCGAGAUUUCCAAGAGAAGGACCGCGAAAAGCGUGCACUAGAGUACACUCUCUUCCACCGAGAGCAAGAUGAGAUCAACAGGGCGUUGGCAGAGUUAGAAGAUCGAAGAGUGGGCGGGAUCGACGAGGUCGACGAAAAUCGGGAACGCUACGCACAAGGAGAGGACGAGCUCGCCAGGAUUUCUCAGCAAAUCCAGCAACUCAACCAUCAAAUUCAGGCCGCACGGCUUGAGAAGAGACAAUACGAAGACGAAAAGCGAGAGAAGACAAGAGCACGAGCCCAAGUCGAGUUGGAAGAGAGAAAUCUAGUCCACGGACAAGCCGCGGCUCAACGUGCCAAGCACGAUCGCGAUCGAGAGCUGAAACAGGUUGCAGCGCAAAUCCAGGAGAUCGAACAAGAACUGAGCACCGUCAUCCCACAAUUCCAGGCGGAGAGGGCAAAAGAACAGGCCGUCAAAACUCGGCUGGAGGAAGCGACUGCCACGCAGCAGCGUCUCUACGCCAAACAAGGGCGAAAUGCUCGAUUCAAGUCAAAGAAAGAUCGGGACAACUGGCUCCAAACACAGAUCGACGAGACAUUCCAGUCUCUGUCCCGUUUCAAAGCCACUCGCAUGCAAACUGCCGAGGGCAUUGCAGACGAUGAAAAGCAGAUUGCCACUCUCGAGAAGGAGAUAGAAAACCUCCAGCAGCGAAUUGGCGUGCAGGACCAUUCCAUUGACCAAGAUAUCCAAGCGGCCAAUGAGAAAAAGGACGCGCUGAUGGACGAGCGAAGAAUGUUGUGGCGCCGAGAAGCGCAGUUGGACUCAGAAUACGGAGGGGCUCUGGAUGACCUCAGAAAAGCCGAACGCAAUCUUUCGCACAUGAUGGAUGGCAACACCAGCCGGGGUAUGGACGCGAUUCGGCGCAUAAAGGAGCAAUACAAUCUGGAAGGUUGCUAUGGUCCGCUUGCUGAGCUGAUUGACGUUCCUCAACACCACACAGCCGUGGAAGUCACCGCGGGAAAUUCUUUGUUUCAUUACGUGGUCGACAAUGACGAUACGGCUAGCAAGGUCAUGGAGAUCUUGAACCGGGAGCGCGCUGGUCGAAUUACUUUCAUGCCGUUGAACCGACUGAAGCCUAAAACAGCAAACUUUCCCAACGCGCAAGACGCAAGACCGCUCAUGUCUCUCAUCAACUACGACGAGAGGUUCGAGCCAGCCGUCCAGCAAGUCUUUGGUAAAGCCAUCAUUGCACAGAACCUCAGCGUCGCAGCGCAAUAUGCUAGAACUCAUGGCUUGACAGCGGUGACCCCAGAGGGCGACCGAUCUGACAAGAAAGGUGCGUUGACCGGUGGCUACCACGAUAUCCGCUCUUCGAGGCUCAAGGCAACAAAGGCGGUAAUGGCAGCGAGGGAGAAGUUCGAAGCAGUCAAGGCAGAGGGCAAAGACAACAAGAGGAAGAUCGAAAAGAUCGACCAGACGAUCACCAAAGCCAUGAGCGAGGUUCAGAGACUCGAGCAACAAAAGAACCAAGCUCAAGGCAACCAGGUCUUGCUCAGGCAAGAGAUCAGAAGCAAGAUGGACAUGCUACAACGCAAGAAAGAAGACCUCGAGGCAAAACAGAAACAAGAGGCGUCGAUAGCCGCCAACGUCAAGAUCCUAACUGAUCAACAAUCCGCUUACCAAGCUGAGUUGAGCUCAGACUUUAAGAAAGCACUGAGUGCAGCCGAAGAGAGGCAGCUAGAGAGCCUAGCGGUCAGCAUACAGAAAUUGAGGCGCGAAUACAACGAAUUGGCGGCGUCAAGAGCUGAGACUGAAACCAGAAAGGCGGACUUGGAAGCUCGGUUGAACUCAAGCCUGAAACCUCAGCUUGCGGCGCUCGAGACUGAUGAAGUGGACGAAGAAGCCGGCAGCUCUUCCCACUUACGCGCGAAGAGAACGGAAUUGGCACGUUUGACUAAAGAGCUGACCUCUGUCCAAGGGUAUCUGGACGAGCUUGAGGACAAGCUGGAGACUUCGGCGACCCAGGUCGCAGAGCUCGAGGCUGAAGCCGCCGAGAUCAGACGCCAACAAGAAGAAUUGACCAAGGCGAUCGAACGCCACCAGCGCCGGCUGGAGAAAUCUGUCCAGAUGAAGGCUGCGCUGUUGGCCUCAAAGCGCGAAACUGUGGAGAACAUCCGCGAACUCGGCGCCAUCCCUGAGGACUUGCGGAAGAAGUACCAGCAUACUGACUCGAACGCUAUUGUGAAGAAGCUCCAGAAAGCCAAGGAAGCCCUGAAGAAAUACAAUUCCGUCAACAAGCAUGCCUUUGAGCACUAUCGAAACUCGCUGCAACAGCGGGAAGAUCUCACCGCAAGACGAACGGAGCUCGAGGCCGGGAAGAAGUCCAUCGAAAACCUGAUCCAAGUUCUUGAUCAGCGGAAGGACGAAGCCAUUGAGCGCACUUUCAAGCAGGUCAGCAAGGCGUUUGCAGAAGUGUUCCAGAAACUUGUCCCUGCUGGUCAAGGCAGAUUGAUCAUUCAACGGAAAACCGACAAUAGGCAAGCUGAAGACGAAGACGAAGAAUCGGAUGCUGAGCCUGUCAACAAGCGAGGGGUAGAGAACUAUACCGGCGUGGGAAUCAGCGUCAGCUUCAAUAGCAAGCAUGACGACCAGCAGCGUAUACAACAAUUGAGUGGUGGCCAGAAAAGUCUUUGCAGUCUUGCCCUCAUUUUCGCUAUCCAAGCCACUGACCCAGCACCGUUCUACAUUUUCGACGAGAUUGACGCAAACCUCGACGCGCAGUACCGAACCGCUGUGGCCGACCACAUCUUGUACCUUGCCAAUAGGGCCGAUGACGAACCCGUCAAUGGCGGCGAGCCACCGCUGGGGGGCCAGUUCAUCUGCACAACAUUCAGACCGGAAAUGCUGAGGGUGGCUGACAAGUGUUUCGGCGUGCGCUUCGGCAACAAUGUGAGCAGCAUUCGUGAAGAGUCGAAGGAGAAUGCAUUGGAUUUCAUUGAGAGCCAGACGCAGUGA